AUGCCCAUGGAGCUGACGCAGAGCCGGAUCCAGAAGAUUUGGCUGCCGCCGGACAACCACCCCACGCUGCCGCGCCGAUUAUGUGGCCCACAACUCACCAAUUCCCCCACGGUCAUCGUGAUGGUGGGUCUGCCGGCUCGCGGGAAAACCUACAUUUCAAAAAAACUCACCCGCUACCUCAACUGGAUUGGUGUGCCGACAAAAGUGUUCAAUGUUGGCGAGUAUCGCCGUGAGGCUGUGAAACGUUACAGCUCUUACAACUUCUUCCGUCCCGACAAUGAGGAGGCUAUGAAAGUCCGCAAACAGUGUGCCUUAAGUGCCUUGAGAGAUGUCAAACUCUACCUGUCUGACGAAGGUGGUCAGAUUGCAGUUUUUGACGCCACCAACACAACUCGCGAGCGAAGAUCCAUGGUCCUGCAUUUUGCCAAAGAAAACGGAUACAAAGUGUUCUUCAUCGAAUCCGUCUGCAAUGAUCCCACUGUGGUUGCUAGCAACAUCAUGGAAGUCAAGCUGUCCAGCCCAGAUUAUAAGGACUGCAACUCAACAGACGCCAUGGAAGAUUUCAUGAAGAGAAUCAGCUGCUAUCAGUCCAGUUACCAGCCUCUUGAUCCAGAUGGAUAUGACAGAGAGUUGUCGCUCAUCAAAGUGAUUGAUGUUGGUCGAAGAUACCUGGUGAACAGAGUCCAGGACCACAUCCAAAGUCGGAUUGUCUACUACUUGAUGAACAUCCACGUGCAGCCCCGGACCAUCUACUUGUGCCGGCACGGCGAGAGCGAAUUCAACCUCAAAGGGAAGAUCGGGGGCGACUCGGGGCUCUCCACCAGAGGCAAGAAGUUUGCCAGCGAGCUGAAUAAUUUUGUCAAGGAGCAAAACCUAAAUGAUCUCAAAGUUUGGACCAGCCAUCUAAAGAGGACAAUCCAAACAGCAGAAGCUCUUGAUCUGCCCUACGAGCAGUGGAAAGCUUUGAAUGAAAUUGAUGCUGGUGUCUGCGAAGACAUGACUUACGAUGAAAUCAAGGAAAAGUAUCCUGAAGAAUUUGCUCUACGCGAUCAGGACAAAUAUUAUUACCGCUAUCCAUCUGGAGAGUCCUAUCAAGAUCUGGUGCAGAGGCUGGAACCGGUGAUCAUGGAGCUUGAAAGACAGGAAAACGUUGUUGUGAUUUGUCAUCAAGCCGUGAUGAGAUGCCUUUUGGCUUACUUCCUCGACAAAAGCGCAGAAGAAAUGCCUUAUCUGAAAUGUCCUCUCCACACAGUCCUGAAACUGAGUCCUGUAGCUUACGGUUGUCGAGUGGAGUCCAUCUAUCUGAACGUUGAAGCUGUGAAUACUCACCGGGACAGACCAGAGGAUGCAAAGAAGGGACCUAAUGCGCUCAUGAGACGCAAUAGCUUCGUCCCUCUGGCCAGUCCAGAGCCCGUCAAAAAACCACGCAUGAACAGGUUUGAGGAUCAUGCCGCUGCUUCGGCUGCCUUGCCAAUUCACACCUGUCUCUCUCCUGACGGCCCGGUCCAGCUUCCCGGACAAAACCUGAACACUCCACACACGCAACCUUGACACUCUUUCGGCGCUACGGCGGGAACCGCGGGUGGACAGCCAAGCGCCCUGGCAUCAUUCAUCUCCGAAACUUGCAGUCUUGCUCCACAUCUCUGUUCAGCUCCAGUUGAUUUGUUGAUGAUCUCCAUCGCUGGGUUUAUAUCUUGCCUUCUUGGGACGUAAGAAAAUGGAGUUGUGGAAGGAGGAACCACCAGAGAAAA